AUGGUUUUAUUGUAUUCCUCAUCAACAUAUCAUCAGUCCAGUUGUUCAUCGUCCGCAUCCAAUGCAACAAAACCGUUUUCGUCGACAGGACAACAACAGCAUCUGAAUAAAUUCAAUAUAUCUUCUGCAUCUUCUUCUCCGCAACCUUCUUCCACGUCGAUCCGAUUCCAAUCAUCCGAUACUCUAUUCACCGCCCCCUUAGUAACCUCCUCUUCCCUCAGUGAUCUUUCCUCUUCAUAUCCCUAUCGCUCUCUACCUAUCCAAUUUCGGUUGGAUGAGUUGGGGACGGAAAUGGAGUCCGAGGAUGAUGACUGCUCUGAGAGCUCCUCUGUCACCUCGGAUGGAGCCUCCAGUUUCGACUCUAGCUCAGUUUGCUCAAUGGCGAACGAAUUGGAUAGCUUGAACGAACGUCGACGUGAAAUGCUUCAACUUUCGAUCUCUAAAAUUCAGACGAUGAAUACAUCAAACGUGGCUGUCUCGUUGCGUAAAUCACUCCUCAUCUAUAACACGAUGAAGUCUUUGCAGCGAGAACUGGAAGAGAGUGGUGAAGAUAUGUAUGGUAGUCUGAUAGAGGGAAGUGGGGUAUCGACAACGCGGGAUGAAGAUGUGCUGGUUGGUGAAGAGAUGCUCAGAAGUGAUAACAUCUCAACUGGUAACAACACUGAACAACGUUGGAAUGAGUAUGAUUGGCAUGAUAUGAAUAGCAAUGACAGUCGUCGAUUUGAACAAUCGUCACUGUUCGCGUAUGAUCAGCGGGAGGGUCAACAACGUGACACUAGUAACUACUGGUGGAGUAGCUGGAAUAUUGCUGGUGAUAAUGAUGAUAACAACAAUAACAGUGUCAUGCGCUUCAACCAUGACAUUAUUGGUGAGGGACGUUGCGAAACCAUUCAGGAUCUCGAGAUGUACGGUGACAUUCUGAACGAGAGCAACAAAAAGAGCAACGAUAAUGCGGGUUAUUCUUUAUUAGGUGGUGCGUAUGAGUAUUGGUCGUCGAGUAGCGAUGCAGUAAGCAAUAGAGGCAGUAGUGCAGUAACAACGACAACGAACUCGUCCAGUGUCACCACCACCACCCCGACGUCGGCAUAUGCGAUCGAUGACUAUCUAGGUAUGUGGGGAGAGUGUGAAGAUGACAACUACAAUCCCUUGAACAACUGUAAUUUGACUCAGUCCGAGAUUAUGCACAUGUUCGGAUUACCAUCACAUCAUCUCAACAGUCAAGUGCUUUCACAAGCUUAG